AUGUUACUAGGAUUGGUUGGUUUAGGUGUGUCAAUUUCACAAAUUGUCAGUGUUUUGAAUCCUAAACAAUUAACAAACAAUGAUGAUGAUUUGGAAUUAUCAAAUAGUGCAUUUAUUUAUUUUUUAAGUGCAUUUAUAAUUCUCAUAAUUUCACUAAUCUCAUAUGCCAUAUUGACAAAAUUACCAUUGUUUUUGUAUCAUCAUCAAAGUAAAAACAUUGAUAUUAUAAUUGAGGAAGAAGAUAAUGAAGAAAAGCCUUUAUUAAAUAAAAAAUCAUUCAACAUCACAUUUAUCAGAAUAAUUAGAUUAUGA